GGCCAGGUCCUGUUCACUGGCCAAGAAUGCAGCAUUGAACACUGGGCACUGGGGCGGGGGUGCACUCUGCGCUGACACCGCACCCUUCCCCUCAACUUGCUGACUAGAGGUAAUCGCUUCCUUUCAUCGAUUCACAGCGUUAGAAAAAUGCAGCAUUGAGAGGCAGCGCGGAGGUCAACUGGACCAUCACCCUUAGGUUGUAGGGAAGAAAACUGAGACCUAGAGAGGUGAAGCGGUUGUCCCAAAGGCUUCCAGCUGCUCCCAGUACUCAAGAACUUUGAGCACACUUGGGGAAAUGCUCACUGUUGUAUUCCUGUUCCUCACUAUCCAGGAGGCCUGAACUCUCAAACUCCGAAUCUGAUUUCCACUCUCCCAGGAAGGCUUCGGAAAUCACUGUGGAUUGUCAAUACAGGAGUCCAUACUGACUGAAUCCCUAAUUUUGGCCUGUAUUCUUCUCCCUCUGUGAACCAUCUUCUUAGAAGUCACUGAACCAAGAGUGCCAGAAAACCAUCCCAAGACUCACACAGAGUUGUUCUUCCAUAGUGGAUGUUUUGGCCACUGGACAUCAGAACCACAUUUUGAGUUUGAAGAAUCUUCUACAUGAAGAUCUUCAAUACAAGAAAUACGAAAUAAAGUUCCUGAGGCAGAAAAAACAUGGUACCACAUGAAACCACUGACCUACACAAAGAAAUGAAGAGCACCAGAAAUGGGGCAAAAGACUUGAACAGACAUUUCUCCAAACAAGAUACAAAUCACCAACAAGCACAUGAAAAGUGAUGAUCCACUAAAUGAUUUCAUAGUCCACCAGAGGGUCACGGUUCACACUUGGAGACACCCAAUGCAGGUCUCUGCUGGCUGAGUGCACUGGCUUGUGGCUGGAGAUGAAGAAACUGAGGGCUUGAGGGGUAUACUGCUUUGCCAAAGUCGUACAAAUGGUAAGUACAGAACCAGGAUCUGAAUUCCGGCAGUCUGACUGCAGAGCCCACGCCGACACCGUGGAAGCUGGUGAUGCCCAUUAGGCCCUGUCUGGGCAUGAAGAGGAUGCCCUCCCUCAUGAGCUGGAACACAGCAUCCCCUGUUGUGGGUGUGGCUUUCUUAAAGACCAUCUGGUGGAUUUUGCUUGUGCUGGUUUCUUAUUAAACAACCUUCAGAUUUGGCUUCACGUGCAACUCACAUAGAGGGAAAGGAGACCAUGAUCCGCCAACAUGACAGCUGUAUUUUUCAUUAGUAAAUUAGCAAACUGGCUGCCUGGGUCACCAUGCAUACCUGUUAAGGUGAGCCCGCCCCAGAGCUAAAGGCUACCAUGUGCCAACUUAACUAAGAUUCUGAGUGUGCAAGGAUAACCCCCGUCAUGGCCCCGGAUGCCAAGGAAAUCCCUUUUAGCCUCCGCUUGGCAGACUUGGCCAGCCUUCUCCAGUGACAGCCUGGCUCUUUGGAUUCAAGCUGCCUGGUCAGACUGCAAGGGUCAUCUGUACAAAGAAGGAAGCAACAGUGCCAGGUUCCAGCGUGCAUUCCAAGUUCCACAUUCUGUGUGCAGACUCCUAACGCCAGAGCAAAGGCAGGCCCCUGGCAGGGGACUGCUGAGAAAGUGGAACUCCAGAGACACUCCUGAAAUUGUCCUAAGUCAAAGGAGCCAAACGGUGUACGAGCUCCCUCUCUGCCAUCCCCUCUGAGAGCAGCCAUGGCCCUGAGUGAUGUCGAUGUGAAAAAGCAGAUUAAGCACAUGAUGGCUUUCAUUGAGCAGGAAGCCAAUGAAAAAGCAGAGGAAAUCGAUGCCAAGGCUGAGGAAGAGUUUAACAUUGAGAAAGGACGCCUCGUGCAAACCCAACGACUGAAGAUUAUGGAGUAUUAUGAGAAAAAGGAGAAGCAGAUAGAGCAGCAGAAGAAAAUCCUGAUGUCCACCAUGAGGAAUCAGGCGAGGCUGAAAGUCCUGAGAGCCCGAAAUGACCUCAUCUCAGAUUUGCUCAGUGAGGCGAAGCUGAGACUCAGCAGGAUUGUGGAGGACCCAGAGGUCUACCAGGGGCUGCUGGAUAAACUGGUGCUUCAGGGUCUGCUCCGACUGCUGGAACCUGUGAUGAUUGUACGCUGCCGGCCACAAGACCUCCUCCUGGUGGAGGCUGCUGUACAAAAAGCCAUCCCCGAGUACAUGACAAUUUCCCAAAAACAUGUGGAGGUCCAGAUUGAUCAAGAGGCAUACCUGGCUGUGAAUGCAGCUGGAGGUGUGGAGGUCUACAGUGGCAAUCAGAGAAUAAAGGUUUCAAAUACCUUGGAAAGCCGACUGGAUCUCUCAGCCAAGCAAAAGAUGCCAGAAAUACGAAUGGCCUUGUUUGGUGCUAACACCAACAGAAAGUUCUUUAUAUAAGCCUCUGGGAAGUGAAGCUAGUGUUGAACCACUAAACCAUAAAAGUUUAAGUUUUUUGGGGAAAGGAAACUAGUAGUGUUUCCUCCUCUUUGAUGCUCUGAUACUGUUCUGUUUUUCUUCAUGAAAUACCCUUUGGAUAGCUAAAGUGUUAACUUUGAAAUAAAGCCCAAAUUAAUGCUCAGAA